AUGGAAGAGUUGGCUGUGCCUGGAGCCGAGCAUCUGUGUGUUCUGGUCCAGAGGGCCUCCGAAGCAGAUCAUAUGGAACGGCCAAGCGCUGAAGCACUGAGGACGACGUGUGGUAUGAUGGAGGCGCGCAUCGAGGAGGCUCUUGUGGAGCGCCGGCCUGGUCAGCAGGCGUUAGAGAUGCCGAAUGGCAUGUGGCGUCAUGAAUCAGAGCCAACUCUUACUUCUCUUAUGCCGAUUGCAACGACCUUCGAUAGCAACAUACGACCCCCCAUCUGUGGCGGUUGCAAAUUGGGCCGGCGCCUUCCCGCUGCGUACCGCCAGGGUAAGACU